AUGGUCAAAACUAAGAAUCUGAGAGCCCUAAGAAAGAAGAAGGCCCUUGCUCUUGCCCCGCAGUGGUACCAGUUCUGUAAGAAAACAGAUGACAUGAUGCAGUGGCUGGACAAAAUUGAGAAGACCUUAGCAGAGCUUCCUGAUCCCCCCGAGGAGCCCCGAGUGAAAGCAGUUGGUUCUGAGAUUGAACAGCAGCGUCCGAAGUUGGAGGACUUGCGCGGACUGGGCCGUGUGCUUUCUGAGGGCGGAGCUGCCAAGCUGGUGGAGCCCCGCUUCCUCCUGGUCAAUAAACGCUGGGCGGAGCUGGAUGUUAAUUUCACUCAAGUGCGCCACAAAAGU